AUGGUUGCCAUCAAGAACCUCCUCCUUCUCGUCUCAACCGUCACGGCGGCAGCCAUCUCAAAACGAGAGAUCUACGCCUACUUCAAUGAUCUCGACAGCAUCAACACCAAAUGUGUAGACUUCGUCCCAAUCGUCUAUGGUUACUACGGCACCCUAGCGCAGACAAUCGCCGUCAAGGUACAUCUCUUUCCUCUCUCAACUGUCUCUUCUCCCACUAAUACAACCCUCAGAAUGCCCAAGACGCAAUCAACGCCGGCGUCCUCCAAGCCGCCACCGAAACCACAAAGACCACCGGCCCCAUAACAGAUGAACAAACCAACACACUUUUCACCAAACUCGACACCCUCCACCCCAACGUAGUAGCCGUCAUGAAGUCCAUCCAAGACAAGAAACCGGAGUUUGACAAAGCGGGUACAAGUACGGCGGUCGUAGUUCUCAUUACCACGGUUUUUGAGAGUUUCCAUGUCUUGCAGGCAAACACUUUGCCGUUGGUUUCUGAGAAGUAUAAGACUGCGGCGCAGGCGAAGGGUGAUGUAAUCAAUGAGGCUAUCGCGGAUACUUUGAGGUUCUAUGGGAAGGGUGUUUAA